AAGAAGAUAUGAUUGGUAAUAGAAAUUGAUCCUAUAUAAAUGUUGAAGUUGGCUAUUCUCUCCUUCUCUCAUCCGAAACUCUCUCUCUGUAACUCUCUCUCCACAUAAAACCAAAAAAAAUGGAAGAAAAACACAAUUGAUCAUUAACAACCCCAAAGCAGAGAAACAUGUCAAGUGGCGGUGGCGUAUCGGCGUUGGCAAAGUAUAAGCUUGUUUUUCUCGGAGAUCAAUCCGUCGGCAAAACCAGCAUUAUCACUCGCUUCAUGUACGAUAAAUUCGAUACAACUUAUCAGGCUACUAUUGGAAUUGAUUUCUUAUCCAAAACAAUGUACCUUGAAGAUCGAACAGUUCGUUUGCAGCUGUGGGAUACGGCUGGGCAAGAAAGGUUUAGGAGUCUCAUUCCUAGCUACAUCAGAGAUUCUUCUGUCGCGGUGAUUGUCUAUGAUGUUGCAAAUCGACAAUCAUUUUUGAACACUGCUAAGUGGAUCGAGGAAGUACGCACAGAACGAGGAAAUGAUGCUAUCAUUGUCCUUGUUGGAAACAAAACUGAUCUUGUUGAGAAAAGGCAAGUAUCAAUUGAAGACGGAGAUGCCAAAAGUCGCGAGUCUGAUGUUAUGUUCAUGGAGACGAGUGCAAAAGCAGGGUUCAAUAUUAAGCCCCUCUUUCGAAAGAUUGCUGCUGCUUUACCAGGGAUGGAGGGCCUUUCAGCAGCAAAGCAGGAUGGCAUGGUUGACGUGAGUUUGAAGCCGAGUGCUAAAUCUACCAAGCCGGAGCAGGAAGGUGGAGGAUGUGCGUGCUAGAGAAAGCAGUUGGGAGCGAUAUUGCAGGAAGGAAACAUCUUAAAUUACAUAACUUCUGUGCCGGAGAAAUCUGUUAGGAGCAAUAUUAGAUGAAAAACAUCUUGGAUUACAUAACCCCAAACGAAGGUCUCCUCUAUGACUCUCAUAUCGAUUUUAUUUCAGACACCAUUGUAAUAUGAGAUUACUGUAGAAAUUAGCUUCCUCUUUAUAUGAUGUCUCUAGUAUUUGUUUCUUUGGUUUAUACCCAGAAAUUUGAAGUCAGUAUCAUGCAGUCAACCAUAUAGACAUCUAUUGCUAU